UACUGUUAUUAUUAUUAGCAUGUUAGGUAUCACUGAUAUUACACAACCUUGGUUAAAUUAAAAUUAUAAAAGUGUUAUGUUGUUAUUUCACAAUGUUUAAAGGUUUAUGUGACCAUGAAAUAAUACUAUCAAAAGAAGGAAAGGAGCUAUUUCGUUUGUCAGAAAUGAUAAGAAAUCUAACAAUUUGGGUUGAGGUUUAUUAUACUAAAGUAAAGAUAAAAAAUUGCCAAGUAACCUAUUAAGCAUAGUAAAUAGUAACAUUUUCCGUGGACUUAAAGGACAUUGUUCUGUUUAGUUUUUCAUUAUUCUGGGUUGACUACAAACUCCUCUGAGCACUAGUUGUUUUUUUUUACAUAGGCAGUUUUGGUUUCCAUGGUGUCCAGAAAUCAUUCCUUUUUUAAAGCUGAGCAGAACUUUUUGGAGCCUUUACCAUAUAGCAUAAUUGGAAAUUGGUUAAAAGUUUGCUGAUAUAAAAAUAUUAUGUUUGAGUGGAUUUAAGGAGGAGUUUGCUGUGAUUUUGUGGAGAGAAACAGCAGGUGGUAUUUAAUUAUAAUAAGUGUAAGAUUAUGCAUAAGUUUGGGGUCUAGUUGACAAGGGAAUCUGUGAUAUAAUGUAAACUACUGAAACUUGGUUAUACUUGGAGAGAACUGAUAUUAAGAAUUAUUUUAAAAAGUGGAUGGGUUUUUUUUGUCUUGGGCUCUUUAUUUUAAGAAGGUCAUCGAGUUGUCAGAAAAGGUGCAAAGAAGGGCUGCUAGGAUGAUUCUGGAGAUAAAAGAACUGCCAUAUGAGGAUAGUAGUCUGAAGCCCGGGAGUUCAUUGAUAUAUUGCCAUACACACAAUGACAGAAGUCUGCUGCUUUUACACGAUUAGUGGGCGUGGAAAUCGGACAUAGUUUUCUCAUCAAGUGUCGAUCAAACAGUAGGCAUGAGCUCCGUGUGGAAACGAUUACAGCGGGCCAACAAGCGGGCUGCCCGGUUCCAGUUUACGGCGUCUUAUCAAGAGCUAAUGGUGGAGGGAACGAAGAAAUGGCAACCCAACAAACUGUGUGUUGUUUGGACUCGCAGAAACCGGCGGUAUUCAACACAGGCUCAUUCAUGGCAGCCUACAAUCCAAAACCCUUACAGAGGCCUUGUAGUUUGGCCUGUUCCAGAAAACAUUGAAAUCAAGGCCACAUUGUUUAAAGACCAAAGAAGUAAUGACUUUGAGGAUAAAGAAUGGACAUAUGUCAUUGAAGAUAUAUCCAAGACUGGGAAACGACGCCAAGUAGCCUCUGCAAACAUUAAUCUCAGGUUUUAUGCAAGCAUGGACUCUACUCAGUCAGAAGUGAAACUGAAGUUUAAACCCCUCUCAAAGAAAGUAACUGGAGCACAUUUAAGCCUAACCCUCUCAUGUGUUUUUGUGAAAGAAGGAAAAGCCACAGAUGAAGACUUACAGAGUAUUGCUAGUCUUAUGAGUAUGCAGCCACCUGAUCAAGAUAUUGGAAACCUGGAUGACUUUGAAGAUGAAACAGAACUUAACCGAGAAGAUACAGCUACCACCAUCUCAGAGCUGGCUUCCCAGUUUGGACUCCUGGUGGCCAGUCAUGAAUCAUCUGGGAAAAGUAACACAAUGGAUAGCCGUUCCCGAUCACCACAGGCUUCCCCCCUCGUCCCCUUGUCUCCAGAAUCCGGCCAUCGAGAGGAUAAAUCUUCAUCUUCUUCGGUGCGGCCACUCGUCAAACAGACAGAAGCCGCUGUUCCAUCGGCAACAGUCACUCCCCUUGUAACCGGUGGCGGCGGCGGGUUUACCGGCACUGCUGAUGUGGAAACAGUCGAAUCCAGACAGUUUAGCUCUCUGGUUCCAGUCGGAACGACUAGAAAGGAUACCGACGUAGAUAAAGACAAUUCCCAAAGCCAAGAACGAGGUCCUGACUCGGGUACCGCGAUGAGGCCUAGUGAAGACUUAUUGACGUGGUGUAAAGAUGUAACUAAAAGUUUCCGAGGAGUUAAAGUAACCAACAUGACUACUUCUUGGAGAAACGGCAUGGCCUUCUGUGCAGUAAUACACCAUUUUCGUCCAGAUCUGAUUGAUUUCUCUGCUCUUUCACCACAUGAUAUUAAGGGAAAUUGUAAAAAGGCCUUUGAUGCAGCUUUUAGUUUGGGUAUUCCUAGACUCAUUGAACCUUCUGAUAUGGUGAUAUUGGCCGUCCCAGACAAACUUGCAGUAAUGACCUACCUGUACCAACUCCGUGCUCACUUCACUGGUCAAGAAGUGAAAGUUCAGCAGAUAGGUCAGACAGCCACUGACUCCACUUACACUAUCCGAGAGCCUGAUAGUGAUGAGGACAGUUUAACACCACUUCCGUUGGUCACUUCCUCAGUGACAGACUCUUCUGGGAGUGAACUAUCUAGUCUACAGAGUGCCGCAACAGAUCCCAGUGCUUCAACUUCCAAACAGUCCAACAGAACUCACCAUCCAGUGGGAGAUACACAAGUUAAUUCUAGUCAGAAUUUCCAGAAAUUAGUAUUGGAACCUUUUCAGCAAAUACCUGGUUACUCUCCUUCACAGUCUGACUCAAAAGCAGAAGAAGAAAAGGCUUACUUUGUCAAACUUACGAGCAAUGACCUCAUAAAAUUUCACACAAAUUUUACUGUGUCAAAAGAUAGCUUAGCUAAAGACAAAUCUCAAUCCAGUGUUCAGGAACAAAAAAUAACUUGUCAGGAGAAACCAAAGUUGAUGACUCGUAAGCAAUUAAUGAAUCCCUUUGACUCUGAUGGAGAAGAAGAGGAAGAACUAGCAGCUCAGAAUCAACCAUCUGCUUUGUCUGUCACUGUAGAAUGUUCUAGUUCAGCUAUUGUCAUUCCAUCAAGCCCCACAGAGAAUCAGUCUUUCGGUCGUGUGUCAACAUCUGGAGAAUCUGUCAAAAGACUUCAGAAAGUGAAAGAUUCCAUUUUGGAGCCGUCCCAUUUUCCUCAUAUUGAGAAAAGUGCCUCUGAACCACCUGUAGUAAGAUCAGCAUCUUUCAUGGAAGGAGAAGAAUGUGUGGAUGAGGUUCCUGGUCUGUUAGACUUGUCCCCUACCAAGCUGAAUAGAACUCAUUCACUUCCGAAUAGUCAACCAAUUACACAUCGUCAACUGUCAAGGCAGGAAGAACUGAAAGAACGUGCUCGUCAGUUGCUUGAGCAAGCGAGACGAGAAGCAGCUGCGAAAGCAGCUCUAAAAAAGUCAUCCAACCAGCUUGAUGAGCAAGAAGAUGAAAGACAGAAACAGCUGAGAGAACGUGCCAGGAAACUUAUAGCUGAAGCCAGACAGGGAAUCAACAAACCCAGCUUGGAUAGUUUCCCUGUUGCACCUCAGAUGUCUGGGAACAACAACAAUGAAAACAGCAGUAACAACACUCAUAUUGUUACUAACAACAACAUCAACAGUUCAAAUCUUCCAACUAACGUGACAGGAAAAAAUACUGUUCCAAUGACACCAGGAAAACCUGGAUCAAGAAUUCGUCACUUCAAGUUCUACCAGAUCAAAAAACAACAUGGCGAAGAGGAGAUAUCCCUAACAAGUACCCCAAAAGUUGAUGUACCUAUGAAAAAAGGUCAAGAAAAAACAAUCAUCACAGGGAUGAUUGUUAACCUUUCAAAGAGUGAAAGUGAUAAUGAGAUAAAUGGAAACCCUCCAGAUGUUAACCAAAGACAAGAAAAGACUGUAAUAACAUCAGUUAGUCAAGUAGAACAUAAAGAAACUUCUCCUGUAGUGAUUUCUUUGGCAAAACGACUCUCGCCUGAUAAAGAAACCUUUUUUUCUUCCGACCUUUCUCUAGAUUCAGAGGUUUCAGAGAAAAGCUCUUAUGUUACAAAUGAAUUAGAAGCUUUAGAGAGAGAACAAGAACAGAUAGAUAAGGAGGCUGCUGAACUAGAGAACAAAUUAAGAAAAGUCAUGGAAUAUGGCACCAAUAAAGAAAGGGAAGAACAACUAAUGCAGCAGUGGUUCAUCCUGGUUAACAAGAGGAAUGCUUUGAUAAGAAGACAGAUGCAACUGAACAUAUUAGAGAAAGAGGAAGACUUAGAAAGAAAGUUUGAACUCUUGAACCGGGAACUACGGGCGAUGUUGUCGCUUGAAGAUUGGCAGAAGACAGAGACGCAGAAAAGACGAGAGAAACUACUAUUAGAUGAGCUGGUAGUGAUUGUCAACAAACGGGAUGAGUUGGUUCAGCACCUUGAUACACAGGAGAAAGCGAUUGAAGACGAUGAAAUGGUGGAAAACGCCACCAAGGGUCCCAUUCUUCGAGAAGAAAAGAGCUGCUCCAUACAGUGAACAGACAUUGGUUGUAACGUCCAUAAAACUAAAGUUAUCUGAACGAAAAAGAUUAAGCCAACUCAGUAGUGCCGACGAGAAGGUUUUGUACGUUUAAGAAGGACUACAAAAAUAUUGACCUGUUCUCGUAAUUUGUUCUUUAAUUUGGUAUUUGAAACUAAUUUAUAACAACACGAAAGGUUGAACUGUACAGGAUGACAUUAGUUAAGUAAUGACAUUUUCCUCUUGAAAGCCCAUUGAUUGGUGAAUAUUAUAAUUUGUUUAAGCGUAGAAUGUCUGUAUAAAAGUAAAUAGAAAAUUCGGUCUGUAACUAGCUACUGUUCACAUAGUUAACAAUAUAAUAACGGAUUCUGCAUGCAUGUAGUUUAGAACUUAUUAGUAUAUAAUAUAGUUGAAUCUUAUCAGGUGUGUCCUACUAGAAACGUCGACACCUGAGGAACUUCACCCCAUCACUAUCUGUGGGUUACGUGAGAUUUUCAAACUGGACUAGCAGUAAAUGUUAAGACAGUUGAUAUUUGAAUGUAGUUGACAUUAUAAUAUGUGUAUGUAACUUCUCAUGUGUAUGCAUUGUAUUAGGAAUGUUGUUAUGUUAUUUAUCCCGUAGGAUUAGGUUAUAAUCUCUGUUACUGAGUUACGAGUGAGGUUGUACGGUUGAAAAGGUACAUAAAGUUAGACAGUCUAUUAUAGUGAAUUUGUCAUCGUAUAUGCUUGGAACGUAAGGUAAACAUGCAUGUUAUGUAAAUAUAUGGAUGUCAUGAUUAAAUGUGCAAGUAACGUUUGUUCCAACAUUAUUUAUGAAUAUUUCAAAAAUAAGUCAUUAUUAUAGUAUUUCGAUGUAAUGUAUGAUCUUUGCAAUGUGUCAAAAUUAUUUUUAAAGAUUUGGGAACUAAAUGUUUCAUUUUAAGAACAGUUUCUUACGGACUAUAAAUUUGUCAAAUGAUGUUUUUCUUGGUAAAAAGUAUUUGAUUAUUCGUCCACCUUAUGCUUUAAACUUAAAGCUUAGCCCUCAGAUUAGGAUUAGACCCCUGUAUUUGAGUGACUAAACGUUGGGGGGGUGAAGUGCAUUAGCUUAGCCACCGGCAUUCGGCGAUAUGAAUUAAGGACAAAUUCUCCUCUGGCGGCAUUGUGUUCAGAUUCAGAAACCGUUUCCUAGGUAUUGUACUCAUUAAUCAUGCCCAACGCGCCCUAUGUGCUUUCCAUAGGAUGAAUUAAGUCUACUUUUAAUAAAGAAAAGGCACUGAAGGUGUGGUGAUAGGAUUACCUUUGUACACUUGACUAACUUUGUUACAAACAUAAAACACAUAUUGCAUACAAUGUUUGUUUCCAGUUCUUAAAACAAACCAAUUAUAUUUUACUUUGUUUCAAAAUACUAUUUUACGAUGUUGUGAUGUUGAUUUUAGCUGGCAAUAUGGUUAAUAACAUUCAAAUCUAGAGUAUCAGGACAGAAGCCAGACGUACUGAAUGGUUAAGGAAUAUAACUGUCUUUAACAAGAACAGUGAGUCCAUGGAAUAUACUAGAUACCUAAAACUUAAAUACAGAAUGUAUCGGUUUAUAACCUGUAUAAAUCACUUCAUUCUUUAGUUAUUUAAAGAAUCGCGUGUAUACAUUAUCUGUGGAUUGAGAUUAAAUCAAGUGAUCAAUCGAAUUUAUUGAGUGAACCAGGUUUCUGUUUAUAUUAACGUCGGUAUCUGACCGCGGUGUGAAUUUAUAUUAUGGUUUGAAUGGCUUUUGUACAUUUUAUUUGAAAUAAAAUUAAAGACUGGUCCGUGUAUUUAUGGUAAAGGAGGGGCUACGUGAAACGUUUUGUCCAAACUAGUGUUAUCAUAAAAUUAAAGACUGGUCCGUGUAUUUAUGGUAAAGGAGGGACUACGUGAAACGUUUUGUCCAAACUAGUGUUAUCAUAAAAUCUAAUAUUAAGAUUUUUUCAUAGCAUAUAAUAAAGUCAUUGUUCGGUGGUAUCAUGAAGUCUGGUGGUGAGAUGUUAUUUGUCCUUUCUUAUUAUGCAGUAAUAAUUAGUCAGUUUUGUGAAAUCUGGUACUAUAGUUCAUUUCAAAAUAUUGUUGCAGUCAGUGGUCAGUAUUACCUUAAAGUCUGGUAGUAAAAUGUAGCGGGUCAUUUCAAAAUAUGUAGUACAGACAUUGAUCAUUUUUCAUGAAAUCUGGUAGCAAGGCAUUUCAGUUCAGGUUUUAACAUUAUGUCGUAUGUCACUGGCCAGUAAUCUGUCGUCCAAGUUACUGCACGUUUUUAUGUUUUUAAUUACUUAGUAUUGUGAUUGUAUAAUUAAUGUCUGUUUUGUUUAUUUAGUAAGAUCCUAAAAUUAACUUGAUCCUACUUUAACAAUAACUAAUAGAGGCCUUGAGUUACUACUUUCCGUGUAUAUCAGUUUCAUAUUAGUAUUGCUAAGCUAUACGGUAAAACGUGUUGGGUUAUUUAGUUUAAAUUAUCACCUCGUAUCGUGUAGAUGUUAUUAGUUUUCGUAAUACAGAAGGCAUAUUGAAUAUGUAAAUAUCCCAUGUUAACCACGCAGUUUGGUGUCAAGGUUACAAGUAUGAUUCUCGAUCUCAAAGUGUUUACUGUCAACAAAGUUUAAAACUCGCGUUUUAAAAGUGCUGUGCUAAUGUCAAGAACUAUUUAAAGACCGUCCUGUGUGGAUUAGUUCAAAGAGUUGGUACUAAAUAAUUGGUAUUUAUAUAUAAAAUAUUCUUAUACAUAUCAGUUUGUGACAUAUUUAGAAACAUCUUAUAAUUCAGAGGUGUGUGGAGUUUAGAAAUGUUUGUCGUGAAGUGGAUAUAGAUUAGUGGAUUUUGUUAUAGGGGGGGGGGGUUGUUGCAUGUUUUAUUCAUAAAUAUUAUUAAUCUUGUAUUAUCUUGUUUCUGAGAUGAUCUCCUGUAACCAAGGGCAAAUGCUCAGUUGUAUCUAAAUAGGGCUUAGAUAUUCUUUGUUGAGAAAAAAAAAAACAUAAUUAAGUCUACUGACGUGCUUUCAUUUCUAAGAAAAUAACCAAAAACUAAUUUACCAACGUGGUUUCCAUAUUCCGCUUGUUAUUCUUACUCUGGGGUCAUAUGGGUUGAAUAACAUGAAUCCUGAUACCUUAAGAAUAAUAUGAAUCAUUAUAUUCAGUGAACCCAGUGAAUUUUAUUACCUAAAAAAGGGUUUUAUAGUAACGUGUGUGUGGCUAGAAAUAUAAGUAGUUUAUAUUAUGUAUGAAGAAGGUAGAACGGAGCGUAAACAACGUUAGUAACUUGUAACUGAAGUAUGCUGCAGAAAUUAGUGUUAUAGUGGACAUACGUUAACCUCAAAUAUUGUAAUAUUCGACUGAACUUAACUCGUUUGUAAAUUUGAAGUGAACAGUUUUGUUUGCUCAGCUGGCCUCAAUCUCAACAUAAUGUUCAACAGAACGUAAUCGGUUUUAUUUGGUCAACUAACCUCAACCACACGUGUGAUGUUCAACAGGACUUAAUCAAUCUUGAUUGUUCAGCUGAACUCAACCAACAUGUAAUGUUCAACAGGACUUAAUCAAUCUGGAUUGUUCAGCUGAACUCAACCACACGUGUGAUGUUCAACAGGACUUAAUCAAUCUUGAUUGUUCAGCUGACCUCAACUAGCAUGCAAUGUUCAACAGGACUAAGUCAGUCUUGAUUGUUCAGCUGAACUCAACCAACAUGUAGUGUUCAACAGGACUUAAUCAAUCUUGAUUGUUCAGCUGACCUCAACUAGCAUGCAGUGUUCAACAGGACUAAGUCAGUCUUGAUUGUUCAGCUGAACUCAACCAACAUGUAGUGUUCAACAGGACUUAAUCAAUCUUGAUUGUUCAGCUGACCUCAACCAACAUGUAACGUUCAACAAGACUUAAUCAGUCUUGAUUGUUCAACUGACCUCAAUCAACAUGUAACGUUCAACAGGACUUAGUCAAUCUUGAUUGUUCAGCUGAACUCAACCAACAUGUAAUGUUCAACAAGACUUAAUCAGUCUUGAUUGUUCAACUGACCUCAAUCAACAUGUAACGUUCAACAGGACUUAGUCAGUCUUGAUUGUUCUGCUGACCUCAACCAACAUGUAAUGUUCAACAAGACUUAAUCAGUCUUGAUUGUUCAACUGACCUCAAUCAACAUGUAACGUUCAACAGGACUUAAUCAGUCUUGAUUGUUCAACUGACCUCAAUCAACAUGUAACGUUCAACAGGACUUAGUCAGUCUUGAUUGUUCAGCUGACCUCAACCAACAUGUAAUGUUCAACUGAGCUGAAUUUAACUUGUAACGUUUUGUUGGUAUGUGUCAAACUUGUAGGACUUAUUGCAUGACAAGAUAAGAAUUUAUAAAUCUCAUAACAGAUAUAUUAUGUAUAACGUUAAGUAUCGUAUAUUCAUUAGUGUAUGACGCCAGACUGUGUAUAAAUCUAGAAUUAUCGCCCUAUUCAAUUGACCUUUGAAGUGAAUGAAACAUGUUUCUUGUUAAAUAUGAACACCAUGGUAAUUCAUGUGUAUGCUUUAUAAAGUAAUGUACGUAGAUGAUGGUGUAGAUAUACAGUGCAGGUAACGUAGAUGAUGUCUAAGUAACAAACUGAACUUUUUGAGUAAGGUAGCACUACUGGAAGAUUGUACUAUAUUUAAUGUUUGGGUUCUUAUGAGGUAAAAGAGUAACUAACCCCCAAGAAUUUUUUUGCUAUUUGUUUGUGUUUUUGUAUACUUUUAUGCGGUGUGUGUGUGCACUGACAUCAUGCUAACCCCUAAAGUUAUUUGCGUCCAUAGAUUUCAGGGCACGUGUUCAGUAUGUACAGCGUUAAUAUAUUUUGUUGCUGACACAACUAGUUAGAUAAAUAUAUAUUUAAAUAUUCAAGUUUCCUAGUUGUUGUUGUUUAGUAUUCAAGAAAUCAAUCAACAGAAAAAUAAAUUAAAACUUUCCAAAAAUAGUUUUGAAAAUAAAUACUUUUAUAUUUUUCAUCUAACGUAACGACCUUUAAGUAUGUAAAAUAUGUGUAUAUGAUUAGGUCACGAAUACUAUAAAAGACGUGUGUGUAUGUAUACACUUUGUAUCAUGGUUUUAGUAAAUCUCCCCUGUUCUGGCCAAUGGAAAGAGCUGAUGCUAGUCAUGUGGCUCUGUUUACUUGUUGUAUUUUUUAUUUAUUUUUUUGGUAAACGCUUUGGAAAUAAAAUGUGUAUAUUUGUAAGUUAUCUCUGAAAAUUUCAAAUUUUGAAAUAAACAAACGGAGCAUAUAUCAGGUUAUUAACUAUACGCAGAAGUUGCAUAGACACAAAAGUAUAUUGAAACCAAAAGAAACCCGAUAAUCCUUCUUGAAGGGAAAGUUCGGAAUUCACGCCUGAAGACUGCUCUGGAUAUCAUGUUCCUUGCUUUAUAAACAAGCUGUCAGUAGUCAAUGUUAUCGUGUCACUUAUCAGGCAUAUUUGCGCAUUCCCCUGAUAUUGGAUUUAUAACGAUGCUUUUAUAGAAAUAUGAUGGUCAGUCGUGGUCACUUCUCGGGUAUACAGCCCGGUAAUUGGAAGUGACCCGUACGUAGAUAAAUAAGAUUGUUUUCUUUAACAAAACUAAGCUUUAAAAGUUAAUAAUCACAUGUUUACAAGUUGGUUUAAUUAAUGACUGUUAUAAAACUAAACGUUGAAGUCUUAAACCUUAACUCUGACAUGUAAUUUUAUUCAUUGUUACCAAAACAGUAUCUGAAACCAUAGCCCACACGUUGACAAGUGCGAUUUCUGACAAAUGCUAAACCAGUCUCUGAAACCAUAAACCAAACGUUAAUAAAUACGAGUUUUAACAAAUGUUAAACCAAGCUCUGAAACAACGUUAAACAAGUACGAUGUUUGACUUAUACUUAUCUGAGCUCUGAAGCCAUGUCACACACUUUAACAAGUACGAUUUUUGGCUAACACCAACUGAAUUUUACAUCUAAGACACACGAAUAUAAGUAGCAUUAUUGAGUGAUACUGAACUAAAUUUUGUAUCUAAGAUACACACGAAGAUAAAUAGAUUUAAUGAGUAAUACUAAACUUUGGAUCUAAGUAGGAUUAUUGAAGUUAAAAAACGAAAUUUGGAACUAUGGCUCACGAUUCUCAGUUAAGUUUAUUGACAUUACUAAACCAAGUUCUUAGUUGAUAAUUUAGUUUAUUUAAUUUUAAAAAGUCAGUGUUUCAAGUUGUGACCCACACAUGGAAGAGCUAUGACUCUAGCGUUGAUAAUUUAGUUUGUUUAAUUUUACAAAGCGUUUCAAGUUGUGACCCACAUCUGGAAGAGCUAUGACUCUAGCGUUGAUAAUUUAGUUUGUUUAAAUUUACAAAGCGUUUCAAGUUGUGACCCACAUCUGGAAGAGCUAUGACUCCAGCGUUGAUAAUUUAGUUUGUUUAAUUUUACAAAGCGUUUCAAGUUGUGACCCACAUCUGGAAGAGCUAUGACUCGUAUGUUGACAAGAUAAUCACUGUGCUUAUGAACUUUAUUUUCAGCUUGAUCUAAUCCCACUAAUACAGUUUUGAAUAACGAGGUCUUUCAUAGGUUUCUAUUGCUUCUGAUCUUUUUUGUUUUAUCAUUUCCUCCUCAUCAUUAAGUUUGGAAUAUAGUUUUGUAACAGGUUAUUAUGAUGUGUGUGUAGAAAUAGCUUUUAAAGUGAAAGUAACAAGCUGACACAGCUAAAAACAAAGGCUUUUUAACGAUAUAUUAAACAUGUAAAAGAUCGAUUAAAUGUGUUUGUAUUUGCUAAUCUACAGGUAAAAAUGGUUUCUUCGUGACGUGAUUCAUUAUACCUUGAUUAUGUGUACUAACUAGCCUGUUGUGGUAUUUAUUGUACUAGAAAUCUUAGAGGUAGUUGAAUUACCAUGUAAUGUUUGCACACGAUUUGAUAGUCUUGGUUGUGCAAUUUUAUGUCCAAAUAAUGCUUACGUUAAUCAUCCAAUUUUAUGAUAUGAUGAAAACUUUGAAAUUAAACUUUUUUUUUUUUUGUAGUUGGCGCUUCAGGACAAAUGCUCUUAAUGUUGUUUUUACUGGUAAAUAUAAACUUCACAACUGCUCAAUGUUACUUUUAUUUCUUAUAAUGUGAUCAGGUAUGUACAGAGGGCUCUAAAAAUUCUGCAGAAGAUAACUUGAAAGCCUAUGAAAAACAUAUAUUCAAGGUUUUCUAACAGUUGUAAAGAUUACUGGAUAACGCUGGUCACAUGACUUGUAUCGGCUGUGGAAAACCAGUGGAUGAGUUGUAUCGUAGGUACGGUUUUAUCAAACAGUAGGCUUGGUUGUGAUCUAAACAUUUUAUAUUACAUAUGUUAUUCGUGAUUCAAGAUAACGUUUUAGGAAUGUUACUACCGUCUAUUGUAAUUUGUAGAGCUAACCCCCACUAUUGUGUGCAGUGUUCAAUGAAUGGAGAUUAAUACUCGUCUUACUGAAUGGAAAUAUGACGAAUAAAGUUUUGUAUAUCUUCA